UUACAGCUGUUCCCCCAGUCCCCUCCCUUCCUCCCUGUCCAAUGUGUCAUAUUAAAGGGUGAUCGGCUUACACAUGCUGCAGUAUGGGUUCCUUAAGCUCUGCAGUGCUGUGUCUAUAUAUAAAGCCCCGAGCUGGAAGCUGAAGUGCACAGACAGCUGGGAUUGGAGCAAGCAUUUCACAUUCCUGGUGUGCCAGCGGUCUGGAAGCCCGCGAGGCUGUGAGCUCUGCUUUGAGCAAGUUUCUUUACUCAGGUUUAGGUAGAGCCACCGAUAUUUAUCCAUAAAAGAAGGAUUGGGGCAAAGAACGAGCUCAUCACCAUGGGUUUGCCUCUUGAUCAAGUGGAAGAAUUGCGUCUCUACCAGCAAACUCUUCUCCAGGAUGGACUCAAAGACAUGUUGGACCACAAUAAGUUUCUGGACUGUGUCUUGAAAGUGAAAGGGAAGGAGUUUCCCUGCCAUCGGCUGGUGCUGGCAGCCUGCAGCCCGUAUUUCCGGGCCAUGUUCCUCUCAGACAUGGAAGAGAGCAAGAAGAGGGAGGUCAGCUUGGAAGAUGUCGACCCAGACGUCAUGGGCAAGAUCCUCCAUUACAUCUACACCUCCGAGCUGGAGAUCACCGAGCAGAACGUGCAGGACAUCUUCUCUGUGGCCAACAUGUUCCAGAUCCCCUCCAUCUUCACCGUGUGCGUGUCCUUCCUGCAGAAGAGGCUCUGCCUCAGCAACUGCCUGGCCAUCUUCCGGCUGGGAUUGAUGCUGGAUUGCGCCCGGCUGGCUGUGGCUGCCCGGGAUUUCAUCUGCGACCGCUUCGCGCUCAUCUCCCGGGACGAGGAGUUCUACCAGCUCUCCCCUGACGAGCUGAUCGCCAUCAUCUCCAGUGACUCCCUCAACGUCGAGAAGGAGGAGAGUGUCUUUGAGGUGGUGAUGAAGUGGGUGGGGACCAAGGACCGCGAGAGCCGGCAGAAGGCCUUGCCUGUCAUCUUCGAGAGCAUCCGCUUCCGCCUCAUGCCCAACGACUACAUCAAGGACCACGUGGAGAACCACGCCAUGGUCAAGUCCAGCCCGGAGCUGCUCAAGAAGCUGCAGAUGGUGAAGGACUCCCAGAAAGGCAAAUUCACCGUGGUGAAGAAGAAGAAAGUGAAGAAGAACAGUGAGAAUCAAGCAAAGGAGAACGUUGUCAAUGGAGCAGUAGAUGAAGGGGAAGAUACGGAGGAGGAUGCUCUCCCUGGGAUCUUGAAUGACACGAUGCGCUUCGGGAUGUUCCUCCAGGACCUCAUUUUCAUGGUGAGCGACAGUGGAGCAGUGGCCUAUGACCCCAAUGCCAACGAGUGCUAUUUCGCCUCCCUGUCUACUCAAAUCCCAAAGAACCACGUCAGUCUGGUGACCAAAGAGAAUCAGAUCUUCAUUGUUGGGGGACUGUACUACAACGAGGACAACAAAGAGGAUCCCAUGAGCUCCUACUUCCUACAGUACGACCAUCUGGACGCAGACUGGCUGGGGAUGCCCCCCCUGCCCUCCCCUCGCUGCCUCUUCGGCCUGGGGGAGGCAGAAAACUCAAUUUUUGUGGUUGGAGGGAAGGAGCUGAAGGAGGGAGAGAAGACCUUGGAUUCAGUCCUGUGCUACGACCGGCUGUCCUUCAAGUGGGGUGAGGCCGAUCCCCUUCCCUACGCAGUCUAUGGCCACGCAGUGGUAUCACACAAGGAUCUUGUCUACGUCAUCGGGGGCAAAGGGAGUGACAAGAAGUGCCUGAAGAAGAUGUGUGUCUACAACCCAGCCAAGUUUGAGUGGAAGGAAAUGGCUCCCAUGAAAACAGCCCGCUCCUUGUUCGGAGCCACCGUGCACAAGGACAAAAUCUUCGUGGCAGCUGGAGUCACUGACUCUGGUUUGACCAGCUCGGUGGAGGUCUAUGACAUCACCACCAACAAGUGGGACACCUUCACCGAGUUCCCCCAGGAGCGCAGCUCCGUCAGCCUGGUCAGCCUGUCUGGGGUGCUCUACCUGCUCGGGGGGUUCGCCACGGUGGAGACGGAGUCGGGAGAGCUGGUGCCAACGGAGCUGAACGAUGUUUGGAGGUAUGAUGAGGAGCAGAAGAAGUGGGAAGGGGUUCUCCGGGAGAUCCAGUACGCCUCCGGUGCCACGUUCCUGCCCGUGCGCCUCAAUGUUCUGCGCCUAACCAAGAUGUAGUCAGGAGUGACGGGUCCUCUUUCCACGGGGUUCUGGGGCAAAGAGGGAUGGGGAGAUGCUUCUCAGAGAUGUGGCAUCUGGACACUGCCCAGGACAUUGCAUCUGUGAUUGGUACUUUUUUGGAUAAGUGGGAAAGAGGGGAGAGUAUCUGGAAAACCUCCAGGAACUUGGAGGUGCUCGCAAGGUAAUUAGAGAGGGGAUCUGGAGCCUGCAAGGAGCUGGGGAAGAGGAGAAGCACAGAAAAAUCAGUUAUUCCAGUCUCAGGAGACAGGACAAAUUGAUCAUAUAUUUUUUUAACUUCUUUCUCCAUCUUUCCAACUGCUGUUGGACCUCUCCAACAAACAGCAGAUGCAGAAAGUGAGGACUAGGAUGACAUUCCCCAAGGAAAGGUGUCCACAAAGUAUUUCCCAGCCUAAGGUGUCUGUGUUCCUUGGAGACGAGAAAGAAGGGUUAAAGUCAAGUGGUAUAGGAGAAACCUGGUAGAAUUUGAUGAGUUCCUGAGUGAAGAGAGUUGUUGGGAUGAGACAGUUAAAAGAGAACAUGUGAGCAGCAGAAGCACUUUGGAAAUUGUAAUGAAGAGCAAAAUAUCUCAGUUCUUUGCCUCCACCUUGACUUUGGAGUGAUGAGAGGCCGGGAGCUGCGUCUCAGGAAGGAAGAAAUCAUGGAAGUUGUAGGUGGGAAGGGAGGAGAGAUGGACAGAGGAUGCCAUGUGUGGUCAUCUCCAGCCUUUUGGGCUCUCCACCUUCAAUCACAGAUCACAAUGUCCUCACCUAUGGAUGGGCAAAUGCUGAUUUUUAGGGAAAGGUUUUAUAUUUUUGCUGUUUUUCUUAUUUUUCAUGUUCAGAUUUUCUUUUUUAAGAGUAUUUUACUUUGCUAAGAUCUCAAAUGUGUUUGGCUCAAAGAGAGCUUCUGACUGAGGAAAAAUACAUAUUUAUUUUAAAGUUGUCAGUAAUGAAGUUUUGAUAGUGACAUGACUGUAAUGGCAGCAGGAAAAAAGAUCUGUUAGACCAAAAAUCUCCUGAUGCCCACACCAUCUGACCGGUGGUUUAUUUAAAAAUAAAUUACUAUUCCAAAAGAAAUCCCCCGUGUUUGCACAUUGAUAGAGCUGAAACUGAUCCUUCACAGAACCAAACACAAGGAUUGAGCAAAAAUUGUGAUGGACACAUGCAGUAAAAUAGCCCCAUGGAGAACCCCUCUUUUCUUGUUAUUUUCCCCCAUUUGAGAGCUGAAAUUUUAGGAUCUGUAUCCUUGAGCUCUUCCCUAUGGAGACCACAAUUAAGCAUUUACCCAGGACUAGAAGGAAGCUGGAUGCUUACACUGACAGGAUGAGAGGAAAUGGCCUCAAAUUGUGCCAGGGGAGGUUUAUAAUACAAAAUAAUUGCCUCAAAGUGGUAUGAAAAUUCUGGUAUCAAAAAUCUGGGUCAAAAUGCAGUUGUGGAGAAACUGAAAUAUGUUUGAAAAGAAAAAGAAUUAAAGGGAAGUAAAGGAA